AGCUCCAAUGUGUAAAUAAGUUUCAUGGCGCAUUAUUUUGCUAAAUAAAAUCAAAGACAUGUGCUAUGAGACGUGCGGUUUUUUCGUGGUGUUUUUGUGUUUGGAAAUCGAGUGUGUUGCUGCGACCCAUCACACCGUAUUCCGCCUAGUGUCGUAUGGGCACUGAAGUACCAAGCAACAUUUCUGAUGGUACCUGAAGGCAGCACGGGUGACGGUAUGAAGGGAGCUCCCCGCUUCUCCAGUCUCAAACCGCCUACCGAUGAAAACACCGGACAGACUCACAGAGGGAUUCGUACCACAUUGCGGUGAUAAUAACCACUGACGUUACAAUUUGAAGAGACGUCCUUUAACAUUUUGACGGCAAGGGGUGCAGUGUGUUGCAAAGAGCUGAUGAGGUGAAGAAACCCAAAGGAGGUCACUGUGGUUCAUCUGCUAUCUAUUAGCCCUAAUCCUGAGUGACCCUGCUGCCUACUUUCUCCACCCAUCACUUCAAGAGGAGGCUGGGCUCCCUCUUGGUGCAAGAAACACCAUGUGCCAAAACUGGAGAGGACUUACCACUGCCCCAUAGACCGCCAAAUCUCUUGUGAACCCCUCCCCUCUAGUUUGAGGACCCUCCUAAUCCUCCACAUUGCCCAUUGGCCAAGAUGAAGAAGGUGGCAGCAUGGUCAGCAGAGGAUGUCUCUUACUGGCUGAGCAAAGAGGGGAUGCCAGAGUAUGUAGAUGCCCUCCGUCAGACGGACGGCUCUGCUCUGCUCAGGCUCACCGAGGCAGAUUUCCAGAUGCCCCCCCUCUCGCUGGUGUCGUCUGAUGGUGGGCAGCAGCUGUUGGAGCGACUGGAGACGCUGCGGAUAGAGACUCAUAUCGAGGCUCACAAAAAUGGUCAUGCAAACGGGCAUGCUGGUGGGCUACCUAACGGAACUAGCAAGCUUCAGAGGAAUGGCACAUUGGGGAUGAAGGAGAUGGUCCUCAUCCCCAUCCCUACAAUAGAAGCCAAGCACUCUUCGUUCCCUGCUGAGUGGGGGAAGACGGGCAUAGCGUUCAUCUAUGCGGUGGUGUGCUUUGUUACCACCACUGUCGUCAUUUCAGUGGUCCAUGAGAGAGUACCACCAAAGGAGCAUACCCCACCGCUGCCUGAUAAGUUCUUCGACCUGUUUGACAGGGUGGAGUGGGCCUUCUCCAUCUGUGAGAUUAACGGCAUGCUGCUGGUGGGACUCUGGCUCAUACAGUGGAUUCUACUCAAGUACAGGUCAAUUAUAGGCAGGCGGUUCUUUUUCAUUGUAGGCACACUCUAUCUGUACCGGUGUAUUACAAUGUACAUCACCACUCUGCCUGUUCCUGGGAUGCACUUUAAAUGCUCUCCAAAGCUUCUCGGGAACUGGGAGGCACAAAUGAGGAGAAUAAUGAAGAUGAUUGCUGGCGGGGGCCUGUCCAUCACAGGUUCCCACACCAUGUGUGGAGAUUACCUGUAUAGUGGCCACACCGUCAUGUUAACGCUAACAUACCUCUUCAUCAAGGAGUAUUCCCCCAAGCGGUUCUGGUGGUACCAGUGGUUUUGCUGGACCUUGAGUGCUGUGGGGAUUUUCUGCAUCCUUCUGGCCCAUGACCACUACACUGUGGAUGUGGUGGUAGCAUACUUUAUCACUACACGCCUCUUUUGGUGGUACCACACUAUGGCCAACCAGCAGUCGCUGAAGGAGACGUCACUGAGUAACCCGUUCUCGCGGGUGUGGUGGUACAGACUGUUCCAAUACUUUGAAGUGAACGUCAACGGCACGGUUCCUCAGAACUAUCAGCUGCCGUUGUCAUGGCGAGCGUUGCAGUGGAACCGCGGCGUGAAGUACAGCAGACUGGACACCCAGUGACCCUUAUCAUGUCAAAGCAGGCGAGGACUAUGACUUCCAUAAGUGCUGUUUUUACCAAUGGAAGAUGCCACUGUUAAAUGUAGCGCUGUCCUUUCACCUCUUGUAACAGACACAUCCCUGUCCAAAUGGGUAGCACUGUGCCCCACCUAGUAUUUUUGUUUUCUAACAUUAUUUUUGUUUUCUCUCCCCCUCUUUCUCUUCUGGUAGUAUUUGUCAACACAGAGCACUAAUUUAUAUUUGUUUUGUGUCUUUUCCUCUCCGUGGGCCACAUGACAGUUGCUGCUUUUGUACCACAUCUAUGAAGCAUUUCGACAAACUUCUGAAACUCAACGGUUUUUGGCCAUAAUGACUCAAAUACUUCUUUUUCCCCUGUCUGCACAGAUCCAUAGUUAAUGUCUUCAUGUUCUUACAAGAUUUUUAGUGCAAAUGGUGUCAAUUAAAUGCAUAUUUGAUAACCAAAAUGCCAUAAGCAUUUUUUUCCUUUUUUUUUUAUAGCAAAUUACUUUUUGUAAACUGUCCUUGCUAAAAUGAGUCAAAGGUGCAAAAAAUAAUUUUUUUAAGUAUGUCAAACUUUAUUUUUCAAAAACAAAUGAUGUCCAAGAAAAGAUUUUUAGAUUUUUACCUUUUUCAAGAUGGAUAACUGAGAGCAUAAGAAUCUAAUGUGGUAUAACAUUAUUCCAGUGCCUUUCUUAGCUUGAUUGUAAAACAGUUAAAGUACUAUGUGUCUUGUGUCUCUCUGCCGUAGGUGUGACCGUACCGUGGUACGAGGUGGUACUUAGUUAAGUCUCGUCAAUCCCAUGAAUGUAAAAACAACUACGCCAGCCUUACCAGAAAAUUGGUUUUCCCUAAAUUUAAGUGCAGUGAGUGAAAUGUCCCGUUUAUUUAUUGAUGCUUUAUGAUGCCAGUUUGUUUAGUUGGUUAAUGCUGUUCUAACAGAAAAAAUGACUGUUAAUUGUAUUUUUUAUUUUUUUUUAUGUCUGUAACAUUUCAUUUUUACCAUUCAGUCUUUAACCAACACCAGCCAUGUUCAAACCCUGAUCAUUGAUGCUCAGUCACCUAUGGACACCACCACGUCUGCUAGUGUUACUUUCCACAAUGUUAUCUGCUAAACAUCACUGCCUGAUUGGAAAGUGGAUAAAAAAUGUCUCCGAGGUGCAGAGUUAAGUUAUUCUGGGCCUCACUCUUGUGCAUCAUUACUGCAUCUGUUUGCUCAGGAGAUUAUGAGCCCCUCUCUUGUUCCCACAUUGAGUCCCAUUUUGAAAUCAGAAUUAUCCUCAUUACUGUCUUGUCUUGUAACAUUUUUGGUGAUGAGGUCUAGAAGAAAAUGUACAAUGUGAUGUUUCUGAGUUUAGGGAAUGUCAAAGAAGCUUCAGGCAAAGUUUCUGAGCAUGUCUGUAAUGACUCUGUACGAGCUUUGUCUGUUUGUUUUUUGUUUUUUUUGUACUAAAUCAAGCUGCUACCUUACAGUUAGAUGACAGUGUAUCUUCUACAUUGCCUCCUUAAGUGCAACACCACAACAAUCUGAUUUCUAGAAGAAGCAAACACUCACCAUGGAACUUGUUUGUGGGGAACAAGCUGAACAAGAUGAUGCACAGAGUUGGUGAUAUAUUUGGCCAUAUGUGUGCAAACAGGAUAACAGAUUUCCAUGAAUGUGAAAGUGUGUCCUUAUUGAUGAUCUAAUGUACGUGUCGACUUGUUUUGCUUUUCUUUGUGUAACUGACUGAACUGUAAAGAGUAAGUAUUGCAAGUUCAUCUACAGGGAAAGAUUUAACUCAUGUAAAACUUUAAUUUAAAGUUAAAGUGAUUAGCUAUGAUGAAGAAAAACUCCGCUAAGCUUUAGAUUAUACAAAUUCCAAAAUAAUAAUAAUAAUAAUAAUAAUAAUAAUAAUAAUGAUAAUGAUGUGAUUAAUUUCUUUAAAUGUUGUCAAAAGGAGGAGGUGAGAAAAUAACAUUAUUUUCAAUGUGAGCUUAUGAAGCUUUAUACCUUUCAAUGCCAAACAUGAGUCUUAAUGUUUGAGACAAAUUACAGUACAGGCCUCCUUCCUGUAGCACUGUCCAAUCAUUUCACUUUUACAGAGAAUAGUUUCUCAGUUUUUAAGAGCACAGCAGCUUCCUCACAUACGGCCAUAUUUUGAUUUGAGACAGUGUUUGAAGUAAUGGUCUGAACACAGCUCUCUAAUAAAGUUUGAGGGUUUUGAUAAGGAUGAAGGUUGGAUUUAAUGUUUGUCCUCUAGUUUGCCAAUCAAAUAGGAUUUUUUUUAUUUUUUAGUGUCUAAGAAAUGAAAGUUGUUUAUCCCGUAUGUUUCUCUGUAAACUUCUCACCCACUCCCUUUUUUUUUUUUUUUUGUGCGUAUACCAGAUGUUUGUAAGAUAUGAUAAAGAAGUCUACUUGGGACGCUUUUGAAUAAAACAUUUUACUAUAAUGUA